UGGGGACAAGUGGAAGGGAAUUACUUCUGGGUCAGCGGUGGGCGGUUCAUAAGGGAGGUUCAACAUGGCAACAGGCGGUAACGCGGAGUGCAAGCUGGAAUUUGCGGUGCAGAUGACCUGUGAGAGCUGCGCCAACGCUGUCAACAACGCGCUGGUUGGAGUUGACGGGAUCCAUUCGGUACAGAUCAGCCUCAGCGAGGAGCAGGUCCUCAUCGACACCACGCUGACCUCCGGAGAGGUUCAGGCGCUCAUCGAGAGCACGGGCAGGAGAGCUGUGCUGAAAGGAAUGGGCAGCAACGCCCUCCGGGACCUCGGCGCCGCGGUGGCAAUGCUGGGACCGGAGGGGCCCAUCAGUGGGGUGGUGCGAUUCCUGCAGCUGACCGAGGAUCAGUGCGUUAUCGAGGGUACUGUGGACGGCCUGAGCCCCGGUCUGCACGGGCUACACGUCAAUGAGUUUGGAGAUCUCAGCAACCCCUGCCUCAGCUGCGGUGGCCACUACAAUCCUGGGAACAGCCGCCAUGGAGGGCCAAAGGACGCCGAGCGGCACGUUGGAGACCUGGGGAACAUCCAUGCCAAUGAGCAGGGGAGAGCCACAUUCCGUAUCCAAGACGACCGUCUGAAGGUCCGGGACAUCAUCGGCCGCUCGGUGGUGGUAGCCAGCGGCGAGGACGACCUGGGUCGGGGAGGACACCCGCUGUCCCACGUCACAGGGAACUCCGGAGAAGGUUUGGUGUGCGGCAUCAUCGCUCGCUCCGCUGGACUGUUCCAGAACCCGAAGAGGAUCUGUGCCUGCGACGGUGUGACCCUGUGGGAGGAGCGCGACCGGCCAAUCGCGGGGCCCGAUCGGAAGAAGCCCAAGGAGGCGCCCACGGCCAACCUCUGACCUCUCACCACCCCAUAUGCCACGUGGUCAGGCCUGUGACCAUCGACCACAAGCUUCUGAAGUUCACCCCUGCCCCCUGAUGGAGCUUGCAUCCCUUUCCCUUACCCCAGAAUCCCCUUGCUCUAAUGUUCAGGCACCUUCUUCUCCGACACAUCAGGGUUGGCUUGCUCAGUGGGCCUUGGAGAAUGCUUCUUCCCCACCGGCUGUGCUUGGUAUCGGGUCCCAGUUGUCGUUGCCCCCCCCCCCCACCGCUCAUUCACUUCCGGUUUCAACACGUCGUCUCCAAACCUAGCUUCUCAAAGUCAACCGAAGGGCAGCCUCUGAUUGGACACCGUGAUGGGACCAAUGAGAGGUGACUUCUCAUUCGGGAGUGGAGUUGUGCCAAACAAGGCCUGUCCUCAUUGGACGAUCCCUGCCGGGCUGCGCUGGCCACAGGAUUAAACUGAUCCAGGGUAGAGCUGUGAAAGAAGAAGUCCCUUGGGUGCUGGGAGGCAGGCAGGGGUCAUCCCCUUGUCAGGACAUGUCUUUGUUGAUUUGUCCCCUCAGGGAAAUCUGCCACAUCUUGUGAGCCUCGAUUAAAGAGUGUGAUGGUUUGAAUGCA